AAACCGGAAGCUGCUAGCAGAGCUAGCUUGUUGUUGUGGUGUGUGAGGAGAAUAUUUGAGGCUCUGCAGUAAAAAUGUCUUCACUUCAGUCUCUGGGAGAGUUGAUCAGCUAAAGCGACUAACUGCUGCUGCUGCAGAAAUCUUCUCACCAGGCUGUGGAAACUUUCUUCUCCUCCUCAACAACUUGGUGGAGUUCUUUCCAGAACCGGAGAAGAUAUUCUGCGGUCUUCGUGUCAAUCGGAGCUCCAGAAUCAGGUUGUGGCUGUUAGCUAAACACGGCUAAAGAAAACCUGCUACCACUUCAGGAUCUGGGACUGAUUCAUCGUGUGUUCUUCACCACCUGGACCUGGACAGCAUGGACACAGUUCCUAUAAAAAGUGAAGAUGAAGAGAAGCCUCUGUUCUCACAACUUCAUCAGCAGCAAAUAGAAGACAGAGAUGUUCCAUCCAGCCGCUCAGCUGACCAGAUUAAAGCAGAAACUGGUGGAGGAGCAGAAACUAGCAGGAACCCAGAUCUGAACCCUCAAGAACAAACAUCUGAUUCUUCAGAGACUGAAGUUAGUGGAGAUGAUGAUGAUGAUGGUGAUGAUGAUGAUGAUGAUGUGAAUCUAGAUUCUGAACUGCCAAACUCAGGGUCUGAAAUUGGAGACAAAAACAAUGACUGGAAUGAGAGCAGGUCUUUUCAGUCAGAAGUUAAGACAGUCAACAAAUCCUUUAGCUGCCCUGAGUGUGGUAAAUUAUUUCCCCAUAAGCGGUCUCUCCAGAAACAUGUGAGAGUGACAAGUCAUUCAGCAAUAUGCUCUUCAGGCUUUUUGAUUAAUAAUAAAAGUGUUGGAGUGAAGCAACAUCUAGACUCAGAUAGGAAAGUUCAGAAAGAUCUAAAAUCAUUUAGAUGUGACGACUGUGGAAAAAUAUUUAGUAUAAAAUCCCAAUUAAACAAACACAUAAGAGUCCACACAGGACAGAAAGCUUUUGCCUGUGAGCUUUGUGGACAAAGAUUUAGAUGGAAGGGAAAUUUAAGCGAACACAUGAGAGUUCACACAGGACAGAAACCUUUUCCCUGUGAGUUCUGUGGAAAAAGCUUUAGGUUGAAGGGAGAUUUAAACAAACACAUAAGAGUUCACACAGGACAGAAACCUUUUGUCUGUGAGCUCUGUGGAAAAAGAUUUAGCCGUAAGUCAACUUUAAAUGAUCACAUGAGCGUCCACACAGGAGAGAAGCCUUUUGCUUGUGAGCUCUGUGCACAAAGAUUUAGCCUGAAGUCAAGAUUGAACCUUCACUUGAAACGCCACACAGGACAGAAGCCUUUUGUCUGUGAGCUCUGUGGAAAAAGCUUUAGAUUGAAGGGAGAUUUAAAGAAACACAUAAGAGUUCACACAGGACUGAAACCUUUUGACUGUGAGCUCUGUGGAAAACGAUUUAGCCGUGAAUCGUUUUUAAAUGAUCACAUGAGCAUUCACACAGGAGAGAAGCCUUUUGUCUGCGAGCUCUGUGGUCAAAGCUUUAGAGGGAAGGGAACUUUAAACAGACACAUGAGAAUCCACACAGGAGAGAAGCCAUUUCCAUGUGAGCUCUGUGGUCAAAGAUUUAGCCUGAAGUCAAAUUUAAACAGUCACAUGAGAGUCCACACAGGACAGAAGCCUUUUGUCUGUGAGCUCUGUGACCAAAUGUUUUCUCAAACGUCAAGUUUAACCAGACACAUGAGAGACCACACAGAACAAAAACCUUUUGUCUGUGAGCUUUGUGGGAAAAGAUUUAGCCGUAAGUCAACUUUAAACAGACACAUGAGAGUCCACACAGGAGAGAAGCCAUUUCCAUGUGAGCUCUGUGGUCAAAGAUUUAGCCUGAAGUCAACUUUAAACAGUCACAUGAGAGUCCACACAGGACAGAAGCCUUUUCCCUGUGAGCUCUGCGGAAAAAGAUUUAGCCAACAGACAAAUUUAAAUAAUCACAUGAGAGUCCACACAGGACAGAAGCCUUUUGUCUGUGAGCUCUGUGACCAAAUGUUUUCCCAAAAGACAAGUUUAACCAGACACAUGGGAGACCACACAAGGACAGAACGAACUAAUGUAAAAACACAAGUCCAAAAAUGAUUGUAGUUUGUACAUCCUAGUUCCAUGUGUUGCACCCCUGGUUGUUGUCCUGGAUCAGAGUUGCUUCCAGCCCAUGAGCCACCUCUCCCUGUCCUGCAAGCAUGGAUGUAAUUUUCACUUUAGAGGUGAGGGGGGCACGGGGAGGUGGUAUCUUUACAGUAUGUUCUAAUGGGAAACAGGCUUCAACACAAACGGUUGUUUUCCGCUUGGUCCUAGAACUCAACCAGUGUCAAUUUAAUAUAGCGUAAUGUUGUUUUUGGAUGGUAAAAAGUGCAGGGGUCAAAACUUGACUUUGGAAAAAGUGGGGGGGACAUGUCCCCCCUGCCCCCCCCCCCCAAAAUUACGUCCAUGCCUGCAAGCCACAUUUUGUGGCCACUAAGCUGUAAUUAUUUCACUAAAUCUCUGUUUCCAUUGUGAUGCAGCACAGUAUUGUUACACAAUGAUGAGCAGCUAGAUCAGAGUUUUGGAGCGUUGUCGUAGAGAGAGUAGCAUGGCGUGUCUACUCUGCUUUUAAAUAGUUUGUGUAGUGUACAAAUAAUUGUCUUUUACCAGUGGUUUGCACUUUGUGAGUUGCAAAAAUAUAACUACAGAUCUCUUCAGGUGUUCAUCAAGUGGUUCCAGGAUUGGGCCCUGCUACGUGAUCAGAUGACAGUCCAACGUUUUCAUAACUUUUCACACAUUCAGCAAAUUUAGACAGUUUCCUGUUGUUUACAGACGUGGGUCUUGUGUUUGAACCUAGCAUUUAGAAACUAUGAUUGUGAAGCAAAACAAGAGAGGGCUGUCAAUCAAACAAAAGUGAAGAACACUGUCUGUCUUUCUGAUGAAAUCAGGAUUAAUUCCUUCUAAAAAAUGGUGUUUGGAGUAUGCUUGCGCAGGAUUACCGAAUUACCGUAUACGGCCAGUGUUAAAAAAUAGCAACGGUGUUAGUUCCAAUACUGUCAUGAAAAAAAUAAUACACGUAGGAGACGAGGAUUAAAAUAAUUAAAAGUAACCUAAUGUAUAAAACGGAUGCAUGGUUCAAUUGCAAGUUUUACACAAAUAGUUAGAGAGAGAGCGAGCGAGAGAGAGCGAGAGAGAGAGAGAGAGAGAGAGAGAGAGAGAGAGAGAGAGAGAGAGAGAGAGAGAGAGAGAGAGAGAGAGAGAGAGAGAGAGAGAGAGAGAGAGAGAGAGAGAGAGAGAGAGAGAGAGAGAGAGAGAGAGAGAGAGAGAGAGAGAGAGAGAGAGAGAGAGAGAGAGAGAGAGAGAGAGAGAGAGAGAGAGAGAGAGAGAGAGAGAGAGAGAGAGAGAGAGAGAGAGAGAGAGAGAGAGAGAGAGAGAGAGAGAGAGAGAGAGAUCUUUCCUAUAGCGCCUCUCAAGAUAGCGAGGCGCACAAGGCGCGUCACAAUAACAACAAAUGUAAAAAUAUAAAAAAGAAUGUAGAAAAUGAUUAAAAUAUAUUUAAAAUGAGCAAGAAAUAGACACUUGUGAGUAAAAAAUGUAAAGAAUGAGAGAGAGUGAAUAGGAAAGAGGGAAAUCAGUGGAUCCUGAGGAAGAGGAGAGAAAGAGGGAAAAAAAAUAAACCCAAGCAGAGGCAGUGACCGACAGCACGAGCCGUUCUAUUUCGUAUAGCUCCGCUCUUUAAGCCAUGCCUAUUGGAUUAAUCCCAUCCCCCUUAACCAAUCAUUGAAGAGCUUUUAUGUACCCGCCUCCAAGGCGGGUCCUGACCCCAUAAAAGGGCCCAGCGAGCAUAGCUCGUCUCCUUUUUCAUCUUCAAACAACUAAAUAAUUUGAAUGAGCUUAAACUAUCCUAUUGUUCAAGCACAUGUCCGACAAUCCUGUCAGUUUGUGCUCCCCAGGAUUUACACGGCAAGAACAACCUACUGAAAAGUGUCAUGUCCAGCGGAGUCGUUCAUCUUCUCCACCGGACAGGUAAUGUCUCCUACGCCAUUCCUGCCAUGAGAGAGCUACUUCGUUAGCUAGUUGCUAGGCUUUCUGUUCCCGCGCCCAUGCUGCAUAAGUCGAAUGUCUUAUUGGCCAACACGGCGCUGUCCAGUUUUGCUGCUCCUGUCCAGUUAUUACUCGGCUCCCAGCAGCUCUGGCUUACUGGAACAUUAGGAGUUUUACUUAGCUUCGCCUUUUUCUGAAGCUGGUUGUUUGGUGUGCUACUUCCACCUCCAAACACGGAUGGUGACGCAGCUCUUCGCUGUGCCCAUGUUCUGCAGCUGUCUCCGCUGACAGCAGGACUGCUGAAGCGCGUGACUCGAAUCUGUGCUCUGCUGCUUUGUCUAUGCUUCCCGGACCCCGGCUAGCAGACGCCGGUUCAGUCAGCUCGGACGUGCUGUGUGAACUGCAGUAUUGCAGCGCUUUUGAGACCACAGCAACCGGCAGUGGUUACCAAUAUUCAGGUGUCUAGCUGGCCCGCACUCCCUGCCCACCAACAUGACUCUUUGGGGAGGUGUGAGUGGUUAUCUUCAUGUUCAAGUCAUAAGUGGAGGAUUUUGAAACAGUGUUUUCAUCAGAUGGUUCUGUUGAGCACUUUGUCGUGGUCUCCCACACGUCUCCCACGCCUAAAGCCCAUGGGUUAGCUACAGCUGCUAACUGCUUUAAGGCUGAGGGACGACGCGCUAACAAGGAACACACUUCCUUCGUUUAGCUGUCGAACCCUCCACACACAAAUCUUAUGUGUGAACGUGAUAUUAAACAAGAGCUCCGUGGCAAGCAAUGCGGUCUGCUGAUGAGGCAGUGAUCAUUCGCCAGAGGCGACCUCUCAUGCUCCCACACUCACCAAGAAGGCUGCUAUGUUCCUUCCUGCAUCGUCGGUUCUUGCGCUCGCGCGCUACAGCCGAGCUUAUGGCCCAUCCAUCAUCUGCAGAUGACAUGGGCCUCCCGCCCUCCACCGACAUCCUUGGGUCGCCCCUCCCUUCUGUGGAGGUGCCAGUCUACAGUAAGGGCUGAGGAUGUCUCGUGUGCGUGCGUCAGAGCUUACAGCCUUACCAUCCUGAAAAAAAAACAGAUCUCAUCUGAUAUUUGUAGCAAUCCAGGGUAGGGCUUGGUCCGCUUGGGAAUACCAGGUGCUGUAACCCAGCCUCCGCCCACGCGGCUCCUCUCUCAUCAUGCCCAGGCAUGGGCGCAUGGAUACUCAGUAUCUACAUGGUCAGGCUCCAGUAUCGGUAUUGCCCUUCUCCAUUUGCUGGGACAGUGGUGACCAAACUGACAUCAGCUCAGUCUCACCCUCAGUUCAGAACUACUGGGAAAGCCGGGAGGAAUCAAGCCUAUUCUCGAUCUUUCCGCUUCGAGGCAGUAAGACACUUAUGCCUGUUGACCAUCUGACAGGUUCUGAGUUAUGUGUAUCCAGGCGAUCAGUUCACCUGCAUCAACCUGAGAGAGGCCGAUUUUCACAUUCCGGUGAUCCCAAAACACAGGAGAUUCCUGCAUUUUUCCUUCAUCGGAGCUCAGUUUCAGUGCAACAUACUUCCUCUCGGGUACUCCCUUGCACCGUGUGCCUCAAGGUGGCGCUCCAACCAAUAUGCACCAAGGGCAUGAACUCCGGGAUCAUGGAAGAGCACUUGUCAUUGGGGACAUCUCCAUAGUCCACAGGAGCACCUUGGCUUAGGUUAAGGGAGAAGCUACGUCCAUAACAUCAUUUAAGGACUUCAGGUAUUGAGUUUUUCCUUUUCAGUUCCUGGAGAACUCUUAUGUGUGAAGACUGUUUUUAAUGCUUUUUAGCUUUAAUGGAGUUUAGGAACAUUUACUGACAAAUGAAAUCUGUUUAGCUUCACCUCAACUAAUGAAGAAUUUCUAGAGGUGCGUGAAAAAAAACCGAAUCUCAAUUCUUAUUUAGAAAGAUUCUGAAUCGAUUCUGUCUGAAAGCUUUAAUGUAAACUGCUGUUUCCGAGCAUCCUUGAAGGCAUCAUCGCUGGAGCGCUAGCUGUGCUCCUACGCUGCAACCUGCUGAAAUACGUCAGACUAACUUUUAUUAUUGUCCUGUGUACUUUUAUGAGUCAAGCAGGAAGUUCCAUUGUGUUUUAUAUGUUUGAGCGUUGCUUCAUGCUGACUGCACCGUGUAUAAUUCACUCUUGUUAAGACUAAUAGUGUCUGAUCAGUGAUACAUGUAACUGGUCUAUGUGAACACGUGCUACUGGAUGGUAUAAAAGCUGUUUAUUAGUUUAAGACGUUUCACAUAAACUGACAUCUCGUUUCCCCAAUUCUUCACACCACACACACACACCACACACACACACACACACACACACACACACACACACGUUCUAGUCUAGAGUUCAGAGCGGUUCUGGUUCAGUCCGCUGUUGGAUCAUCAACACUUGACAGGAGACAUGAUGGUCUUUCAUACAGAAUGUCUCGUGUCUUCAUCUGUCUAGGGCUGUUAUGAUGGUUUUAUUUUUGAAUCAUUUGAACAUUAAAUGUUCUCUGCAGACCUGUUAGUGUCCUCCAUCAUUCAGGUGUUAUGAGUGUGUUCUGUUGUCCUUCUGGGUAAAGCAGCAGUUACAGGAUGGUGGAGAUUUCUUUUAAUCGUUGAUUUUACCUAUUUUUAUUUUCUAUCCUUUAUUUUAAUGAGAUGAGUUUGUUUCACAUAGAUUACAGUUUACUCUGCUACUAAGUGUUGUUCUAGAUCUUAGCAAUGAUGUUUAUGCUUCAUUAUUUGUUUCUUCUUCUUGUAAUAAAACUUAAACUUUGCUGGCUGAAUCCAGAAGUGUUUUCUCUUUAAGUCUCUGAUCAAAUCCCACAACACCACACAUGGCUCCAUCCCACAAAUCUCCAACUACAAGAAGCUAUCCUAUCAAUAUGAGGCAACAUUUCUGAAGAAUGCUUUCAGCACCUUGUUGAAUCAAUGCCACGUAGAUUUAAGGCAGUUCUGAAGGUACAAGGGGCUCAAACAUGAUGCAACAUGAAUGGCCUCAUUUGUGACCCAAAGGUCACACUUCCCCAGCUGGGUCACGCUGUCCUGGCUGAACUUCUAUCCACAGAUUAUUCGUUACAGGAGACAUAAAGUCUGCUAAACCAUCUUUAACCUGUCUGCUGUUCCAUCCCAAGAUGAAGGACACUUCAAGAUUUUAAAUAAUCAUUUUUAAUAAACUCUUUUCACUGUUUAUUACAAGGUUAAUAAA